AUGCAACGAACGCCACCGCCAAAGAAAAACGAUAAUAAAAAACAGAGCGAUUCGGGCUAUCUAUCUCAUUUUUCGGACUUAGAUAAAAAUUUAAAAACGAUAGAAGAUCGUACGGUUCAUGAUUUGACCACAGGCCGUAGAUCGCUCAUAUUUAGUGUGCCCGAAUCAUCCUCAACAUUUAUUUUCAACAGAAAUCCAGUACAAGAAAAUUUGAACGAGACUUGGCUUGACGGAGCUGCUGGUUUAGAAGCACAGAGUCAAUUUUUAGAUCCAAAUCGAAUUACACAGUCGCACCACGGCGGUUCAGUUGUCGAUCAUUAUCAUUUCGAUCCGUUUGAAGCAGCCGAAGAGACAUAUUCGGUUUUGAAGGACAAAUCCGUCGGUAACUUAUCGGUAGAAAGGGAAAAAACUGACGGAAAAUCGGACGAUCAGUUGGUCGAAUUAGCAAGUAAAGAACCGACGGAAGCGGAUAAAACAACAGACACGGCGAAUGGUAAUUCGGGAAACGCGACAGAUUCAACAGCGAAUAAUUUGAUUCAAAGCCAACAGCCACCAAACAACAACAAUAAUAACGAUCGUAAUAACGACGCUUCGAAUCCUGAAAACGGUAGAAAUAACAACAAUAAUAAUAAUAACAAUAGGAACAAUCAUUUUAAUUCUUCGGAUUCUGAGCAAGAGGGCGACGAAAUUGUUGGAGUGAUUAAAUGA